AUGCCUGAGAAUAACUUUUACCUUUCUACCAAGAAUGAUGAGAAGGUAAGUACUGUUGAGUUAUCAGCUUCAUCAAAGGUGAAGGCUUCCUUGUCAAACCAAGAGAGCAUGCCUAAGGAAAGUAAGGUUGAUGGAGCUGAUUAUAACAAGGGAUUAAGUUCAAAUCCAAAAGAUGAAAGAGUUGAAAUUUCAAGGGCUGUACAAACUCAUGAAUCUCUUGCUUCUGUUUCUUGGCGCAUGCCUCACAAGAAACACGGCGAACCCCAACCGGGGUUUAAUUUGGACUACUCACCUCCAAAGACACACCCUCCUGUCCACAACUAA